GGCGCUUCAUACUGCGUCAUCACUAGUAGACGAAGCAUAUCGCACUGGAUCUAGUAAGUUUAUGCAAAGUACAUGCACAGAAAUUAUGGCCACAGACGAUGCAUUUAAAGUGUCUUCACUUAAGGGGAAAGUGACCCUGAUAACGGGUGCCAGCUCGGGCAUCGGUGCAGGCACGAGCGUCCUGUUCGCCAAACUCGGAGCCCUGCUGGCGCUGAACGGCCGAGACGUGGAAAACCUCAAGAAAAUAGCCAAAGAGUGCACCGACUGUGGAGCUGCCGAGCCGUUGCUUGUUCCCGGAGACCUUACAGACGAGGAGACGGUGAAGAAGACAGUGGAGCAAACUAUCGCUCACUUCGGCCGGCUGGACGUGCUGGUUAACAGUGCUGGUAUCCUGGCCAUGGGCAGCAUCGAGACAACAGACCUGGCUCAGUAUGACAAGGUCAUGAACAUCAAUGUCAGGUAGGAUUUCAACACCAUAGAGACAUUGCUG